AAUUGGUUAGUAGAUAAGUAUCAAAGUGGUUAAAAUAGUUUUUGUUGCUCAUUCAGAACGAUGGAAGAGAACAUUUUAUACUGAUAUCUUCAAAUAUGGUCAUUUUCAGAUAACAAAGAUAAGAUAGAAGAGAGGAAUAAAAUUACUGUCCAGAAGUUCCAAUCACAAUUGACUCAACAACUGCAAAAUUUACAUAAAGUUGUCUUAACUUCUGCGAUGCAGCAAGAGAAUCAACUAAAAAAAAUAGAGGAAGGCAUGCAAUCAUUUGUUUCAACGAAGGCUAUGGCUGCUACAGAACUUAUAGCAUGGGUAGAAAAACUGAAAGCUCUGUAUGGCUCAGGAAUAGCAACAAUGGAUGGUUUGGCAGGAGAAAUAGAUCAAAAUUCUCGAGUAACUUUGGGGAAGUUGUACUCACAAAUGUUAACAAAUUCUUCUUCUCUAGAUGAAUGCCUGAAAAGUAUUGCUUGGGAGGCAGAGAAUUUGCUGAAAGAGCUUGAAAGUAGCCUCUCUAAUCAAGAGGUUAAAUUGAAUACAUUUGCAAAACUGCAAAGAGAGGGAAACCAAAGAACUGUGGAGGCAACACGCUCCAUUUCAAAUACAACUACAACCUUCUUCCAUACUUUAGAUGUUCAUGUAUCUAUGUUGAACAAAAUUAUGGAAGAAACACAGACUGCACAAAACCAACAAUUAAGCGAACUCGAGAGGAAGCUUAAGGAGUGUGCUGCUAAUGAAGAAGAGCAAUUGCUAGGGAAGGUGGCGGAGAUGUUGGCAAGUUCAAAUGCUCGGAAGAAAAAACUGGUACAGAUAGUACAUUCUAGUUCCAUCAUUCAUCGAAUUGUUUCUGCAAUUUUGUACACGGGAAACUAUCAUCAUUGGUGCAUUACUGUAGUGUUCUUAUAAGCGCCAUCCUCAAUCGAUCCACAUAACGGUGCUUGAGUAGGUGGUUUGUGAUAGGAAAUACUUGAUUUCAAGUAUUUCCUAUUCACUUCUACAGCAAAUCUCAAUGCAAACGGCUGUUCACAGCAGGAAAAACAGCAAAAGAGUGGAAAAAACAGGGAAAAUCUGAGAGAAAAUUGGAGAAACGACUUGUAUUUUACUAGUAGAUGCAAGAAAAAGAGCAAAGAUACAAGGAUCCUCUAUUCGAGAGGAGGAUCGCACUCCCCCAAUCUCUAGAAUUCGUUCUAGAGCCCUAGCCACCAAAGAAAAACAAGAGAACUCUCACAAAAUUUCACCCCCCCAAGCCCUAGCCUUUUCUCCCUACUUAAUGCAUACAAUUCAAAAUUAAUACAAAAGGACCUAAUUGCCCUAGUUUCCCCCUCUUUUGGCUCCAAGAUUGAAUUUGAAAUUCAAGUGGACCCCACCCUUGCUCCCCCAUGGCUUCCGCCGGCCUCCUCCUGGUGUAAACGAACCGAGCCAGUCCAAACGGGUUUGGGCCGGCUGGACCGGUCCAUAGAGGACCAAUCUAACAUUACCGCCCUCCCAAAGAACCACCUUGUCCUCAAGGUGGAAGUCAGGAAAUUGUCGUUUCAUCCGCUCGUAUGGCUCCCACGUGGCCUCAUAGUCAGGGAGGUUCUUCCAUUUGAUCAGGACUUCUGUAGCUCCAUCUGCUUUCUGACGAACCUCCAUGAGCUCCAAAGGUUCCAGUAUCAUCUCCAUCUCCUCAGUUAAUGUUCAUGGUAACUCCGAACUGGUAGCAUAAUCCCCAAUGGCUCUCCUCAGCUGGGAUACAUGGAAAACGGGGUGGAUCGUCGCCGUAGGUUGUAGCUUCAAACGAUAUGCCACGACUCCAAUUUUCGCCAACACUUCAUAAGGCCCGAAGUACCUUGGAGCAAGCUUCUCAUUCCUCCAGCUGACGACCGUUUUCUGUCGAUAUGGACGGAGUUUCAAAAAUACCUUCUCGCCCACUUCAAACUGAAUAUCCUUCCGAUGCCCAUCAGCUUGUUUCUUCAUAAUCUGUUGAGCACUCAACAGAUGUCUUUUUAACUCUUCUAGUGUCUUAUCCCUUUCCUCCAAAUACUCCACUGAAGAAACGGGCGUCCUACUACUCCCAAAAUGCACCAAGUGGGGCGGAUCUCUUCCUUACAACACCUUAAAUGAGGUCAUCUGAGAGGCUGAAUGAAAAGAUGUGUUGUACCAUUACUCGGCCCAUGAUAGCCAUUUAGCCCAUAGCUUGGGUGUCUCUGAUGCGAAGCAUCUCAGAUAAGUUUCCAGGCUCCGGUUGACUACUUCUGUUUGACCAUCCGUCUGUGGGUGGUAAGCACUACUCCUUUUCAGCACAGUCCCCUGCAGUCUGAACAAUUCUUUCUAGAAAUGGCUGAGGAGCACUUUAUCCCUGUCUGAUACUAUCGCCUCUGGCACUCCGUGUAAUCUGACUAUCUCCCUGAUGAAAUCUGACGCUACUGUCACCGCAGUGUAUGGAUGGCGUAGAGGAAUAAAGUGAGCAUAUUUGCUCAAUCUAUCCACUACCACCAAAAUCACAGUGAAUCCCUCAGAGCGGGGUAGCCCAUCAAUGAAGUCCAUAGAUAUCUCCUCCCAGACUCAUCCUGGUAACGUCAAUGGCUGCAGUAAACCCCUGGUGACAUAGCUAGAUACUUAUUCCUUUGGCACACCUCGCACCUGGAUACCAUCUCUUCCAUAUCCCUAUGCAUACCUUUCCAGUACAGCUCUGUCGCUAGUCUCCUGUAGGUCUUUAACACUCCUGAAUGACCUCCCACUGCAGUUCCAUGGAACUCAUGUAGCAAUUGUGGGAUGUGUGUUGACGUUCUGAGUAACACAAACCUCCCCUGGUGCAGCAAUCUCUCCCCCUCCAACGAGUAUCCUGGAUGACUGCCCUCUCCCUUUAGUAAGUCAGCCCUGAUCUUGCUUAGUUCCUCAUUCCUAGCACUUUCCUCCUUUAUGGCAUCCCAAUCUAGCAUCAUUUGGACUGAUACAGCCAGUGUUUGCAACUCCCCCAUGCACCUGGACAAGGCAUAUACUGCCUUGUUUUCUACCCCUGUCCUAUAUUGAAUCUCAAAAUCAUAUCCGAACAGUUUGGAUAGCCACCUCUGAUGCUCCUCUGUCACCAUGCGCUGCUCCAACAAAAUAUUUCAGGCUCCGUUGGUCAGUCCUGACUAUGAAAUGUCUUCCGAGUAAGUAAGGGCGCCACUUUUGGAUGGCCAAAACCAUUGCCAUCAACUCCCUCUCAUAGACAGAUUUCAGCCGGGCUUUGGCAGUCAACACUUGACUGAAAUAUGCAAUGGUCCUGUGACUCUGCAUCAGCACUGCUCCUAGUCCGUAUCCCGAUGCAUUUGUCUCUAUUAUAAAGGCCUGAGUAAAAUCCGGCAAAGCUAAGACCGAACUGUGGUCAUAGCUUUCUUCAACUUCUCGAAUGAUGUCGUAGCUGCCUCCCCCCAUAGAACCCAUGUUUCUUCAACUGCUCAAUGAGUGGCCAAGCUAUAGUGCUGUAUCCCUUCACAAAUCUUCUGUAGUACCCUAUAAGCCCUAGGAAUCCCCUCAACUCCUUUAGAUUUUUUGGUAGUGGCCACUUAAGCAUGACCUCAACCUUGGACUGAUCUGCUGCUACCCCUUCCUUGAAUACCACAUGCCCCAAGUAUUCCACACUAGCUUGCGUGAAGCAGCACUUUUUUAAGUUGGCCUUCAACUGGUGCUCUUGGAGAACCUCUAACACCUUCUUUAAGUGUCCCCAAUGCUCCUCCUCUGUUCUGCUAUAUACUAAGAUGUCAUCGAAGAAUACCAACACAAAUCGCCUGAGAUAUUGUUUGAAGAUCUUAUUCAUGAGUGCAUGGAACUUGGCUAGGGCAUUGGUGAGGCCAAAGGGCAUCACUAGGAAGUCAUAGUGGCCCUCAUGAGUUCUAAAGGCGGUCUUGGGCACAUCUUCUUUCUUCAUUCGUGUAUGGUGAUAUCCUGAUUUCAAGUCGAUCUUGCUGAAAACCACUGUUCCACUCAACUCAUCCAGAAGCUCAUCAAUCACUGAUAUGGGAAACUUAUCAGGUACAAUUUUCUUGUUGAGUGUGCAGUAGUCUACACAGAAACAUCAGCUGCCAUCCUUUUUCUUCACCAAUAGAACAAGACUAGAGAACGGGCUAGUGCUGGGCCUGAUGAUCCCUGCUUCCAGCAUUUCUCUGAACAACUUUUCUAUUUCAUCCUUCUGAAACUGAGGGUAACGGUAAGGUCGUACGCUGACAGGUGACACUCACUCUCUUAAUGUGAUGGCAUGCUCCUGCUCCCUGAGUGGUGGCAACCCUAGAGGUGGUUGAAAAACCUCCUCGAAUUCCUGGAUCAAAGGCUGCAUAGAGAGGGGUAUGUCUCCCCCUUCCUCCACACUCACUCCCUCUAAUAUGUGUAAUUCCACCAAUAGCCUUCCCUCUCCUCUUAAAUUGUCUUGAUUAGGGAUUUAAGAGAAACCCAUGCCUUGCUCAGCCCUGCAUCACCUUGAAUCACCCUCUUCCUUCCUCCCUUCAUCAACUCCAUCCGCAGAGUGCCCCAAUUGACCUUGGUUUCCCCCAAUGUCUGCAACAACUUCAUCCCUAGGAUGACAUCCAUACUCCCUAAUUCUAGGGGAAGAAAGUCUUCCUUCACUUGUAUGCCUUUGGAUCUUCAGCACCACCAACCUACAGACUCCUCUUCCCAUUUCUACCUUCCUCGUGCCCAUCAUCACCCCAUAGCCUCCAGUAUCUACUAACUUCAUCCCCAGCAGCUCCACAAUCUGGGUGGAAAUGAAAUUGUGGGUUGCCCCACUAUCAAUCAACACCACGACUCCACGGUCAGCUAUCUCUCCCUUCACCUUCAUAGUGUGACUCAGAGUGAAUCCCACUAC